UAACAUGAGAGAUUGGAGAACAACAUUUCUACCAGCGUUCAGAGCUUGUGUUAAAGCUGGAACUUACAAUAUCAUGUGUAGUUAUAAUAGCAUAAAUGGUAUACCAUCGUGUGCAAACAAAGAAUUGUUAACGGAUAUUCUGCGAGAUGAAUGGGGAUUCAAAGGUUAUGUUAUAAGCGACGCGGAUGCUGUUUCUAAUGUUGUAACUAAAUUCAACUACAGAAACAACAGUGUAGAUGCUGCAGCAGCGUGUGUAAAUGCUGGAUGUAAUAUUGAACUCGGUCUCCCUUUUUUGUUGAAUGUCUACCAAUCCAUUGGUCAGGCUGUCUCGGAAGGAAAGCUUCAAGAAUCUAAAGUAAGAGAAAUGAUGAAACCCAUGUGGUACACCAGAAUGAAGUUAGGAGAAUUUGAUCCACCAGAGAUGAAUCCAUAUAAGCAGUUAAAUCUAUCAGUUGUACAAAGUCCAGAACACAGACAACUCGCCAUACAAACAGCUAUGAAAACCUUUGUUCUUCUUAAAAACGAAAAUAACUUUCUCCCUUUGAAAUCUGGAACACAAUUCCAGAAAAUUGCGAUUGUUGGCCCUUUGGCUAAUAAUUCAAAGGUUCAGACAGCUAACUACUCACCACCAGUUGAUCCACGCUACACGACUACACCAUUGAUGAACCUAUCAAGAUUAGGAAACUCUGUUCAGUAUAAUCCUGGGUGUAUUGGAAGCACUAGAUGCCAGACUUAUGACCAAGCGGGUCUGAAACAAGCUGUGAACGGUGUUGACUUUGUAAUUGUUUGUCUUGGGCUUGGUAAUGAUAUUGAAAGAGAGGGCUUAGAUAGACAUACAAUUGAGCUUCCCGUUAAUCAGUCACAGAUCCUACAGGAUGCUGUCAAUAAUAGUCCAUCUAAAACACCCGUUCUACUUAUCUUGUUUAAUGCCGGACCGGUUGAUAUAACAUGGGCUGAUAGUAAUCCCAGAGUUGUUGCUAUCCUAGAAGCUUUCUACCCUUCUCAAGCUACAGGAGAAGCACUGUUGAACGUUGUUACAAUGAACGGCCUGGAUUCUGUUCCAGCAGGCAGAUUACCAUGUACAUGGCCGGCAAGUGACAAACAGGUAAAGCAAAUUAUUAUAAUGCGUGAAAUUGAACCGAACAUGUGA